AUGGCGUGGAAGCAUGAAUACCCCGUCAGAGUCGUCAGAGGAUACCAGGCCAGGUCACCAUAUGCACCUGAGGUUGGGUAUCGAUAUGACGGUUUGUAUCGAGUAGUGGAGCUGCUCUUCGAUACAGCGGAGCCCCCGGAGGGUCUUUGUAAGGAGGCGCGCUCAUCUGCUGCUGCUGCUGCUGCUGCUGCUGCUGCUGGCAAAGGGAACGGUCGCGUGAAGGCCCCGCCAGGCUGCAGCAGCCAGUGCAGCAGCAGCAUCAAUGGAGACGGCCCUGACGUCUCUUCAGACUACGAGGAAGGAGACAAGAGACAAGACGCUGCUGCUGCUGCUGCUGAUUCUGCAGCAGCAGCAACUGCUGCUGCUGCAGAAUCAGCAGCAGCAGCAACUAAAGCAGAUGCAGCAGCAGCAUCUGGAGAGACCGAUAAAGAGGAGACGGACGUGGAGAUGCUUUCAUACGCCCAAUCGAAGGCGCGCAGCCGGGAGGCCGCAGCAGCAGCAGCAGCGGCAACAGCAGCGACAGCAGCAGCACCAGCAGCAGCAGGAACGAAGCCAGCUAAGCAGGAAGAGAGACUGCUGAGGGGCCGGUGUGUAUUUAAGUUCCUUCUGGUGUCUAUACACUCAAAAUUUUAUCAGCCCCCCAUCUCGCAAUGGAGGGACUUCAACUUCGAGAGCAUGCAGCACCCUCUCUGGGAUAAAGACAAAAGACUCAAGCCUAUGCGGCAGCUAGCGGAGAAGCAAUUUGCAACCCACCGGCGGGUGCAGAGACAAAUGGAGACAGCUGAUGAACUGUCUCUCCCGGCAACCACCACUCGUAUUGUUGAGGUGUAUGAGGAGCUGCUGCAGAAGUGGGGUCGCAGCAGCAGCAGCAGCAGCAGCGGGAACGACCCUAAGUGCAGCAUUGCGGAUGCAUUGGCACUAGCAAGACGCUGCCUGAAGUGUGGGGUCACGGGAUCGGGAUCGGGAUCGGGAUCGGGAUCGGGAUCGUAUCCUGCGUGGGCGACGUGUGGGUUCUUGCCCCUUGUGCUGCGGGUGGAGUCUUAUGAGCUGGAGUUAACUCCUGUCUCCUCAGCAGAGAAGCAGCGGCUGGUCGAUAUGUAUUUGAAGGAAGCAGCAGCAGCAGGUACUGCAGCAGCAGCAGCAGGACAGCGCUGGGGAGGCGCAGGGUGGGAGGGAGGGGGGCGUCGGCAGCAGCUGGCGGAAGAAAAGAGACACACAGAAGGAGACACCCUUAAGAACAGCAGCAGCAGCAGCUGCAGCAGCAGCAGCAGCAGCAAUGGCAGCGACUACAACGGCGAAACCAACAACAACAAGAACAGCAGCAGCAGCAACAACAACAACAACAAGAACAAAGAAAACAGCAGCAACAUCAUCAUUACGAACGGCAGCGACAACACCACCAGCAACAACAGCAGCAACCACAACGACAGCAGCAACAGCAACAUCAACAACAACAGCAGCAGCAACAACAACAAAGUGAAGGCUGCUGCCCCACAGGAGAACCUGGAGAGACUGCUGCAGCGCAUUGCAAGGGCCCCCCGCAGCAGCAGCAGCGGCCACCGUCUCCUUCGCUGGCGGAGAAAGGAGACACGACUGAUUGUUAGCCGAGCGCAUGCACUCCAGUUUGCUCAUUGCUACUUGCCUCAGGUGUACAUACACCCCAACUGCAGCACAUAUUCUUACUCUUAUAAACGCCAAACACAACAGGCAGCACCGUAUAUCACAGCACCAGCAGCAGAAACAGCAGCAGCAGCAGCAGCAGCAGAAACAGGACUAGCAGCAUGUGCAGCAUCAACAGGAGCAGCAGCGGCAAAGUUGCAGCAGCAGCAGCAGCAGCAGCAACAGGAAUAG